AUGUCCUACCCAGCAAACCCUCCUCCUCAACAAUCGACGCCGGAUGACAGCGACUACGGCUCCGACUUCACCCCGGAACAAGAGGCGCUGGUAAACGAAUUGUUCGCCAAAAUCGCCACGGAGAGCGCGUCGGUUGCGCCCACUACACCACCACCACCACCUCUCCCGCAACCACCGUCACAAUUACCACGGAAUACCGCGACGGAAGUAGCUGCUGCUAUUCCUACCGCUACGCAGGACACCGUUGGUGCGCAGGAUAUCGAAGACUACUAUGCACCGCACUCGAGCCCGCGUGUUCCAAGGGUCCUGGGGCGCGAAAAACCAGGCACUUCAUGGCAAUUAUACAAGACAGCAGGUGGUCCUUGGAGUAAGACCUCUGGGGCAGACACUGGCACAGGGCCAGGGCCCGGGCUACCAGCGCAGAACUCGAGCAACGGCGGUGCGGAGUUUGUCGAGCAUCCGAAUUCGACGGAAGGUCGCGCGCGGAAUCGAGAGCGUGAUAUUGCCAGGGAGCAGGAAUGGGUUGCUGCUAUGAAUCCUGCUGGGACUGGGACUGGGACUGGAGAUAAUCCGGCGGCGGAUACGACGCGAUCACCGAUAGAACGGUUUCGACGACCCCCGAAUAAAGCGUUUUCCGUGUCGGAUUUGAUUUCGCCUGCGUGGUGCGAGUUGCAGUAUUGGUAUACGUUGACCAAGUACGGGAGGAAGAGGAGAACAGCGGCUAUGAAGCAGGGUACUACGAUUCAUAAGACGCUGGAGGAUGAGGUGCAUACGACCGUGUCGGUGGAGGUUACGACCAAGGAAGAUGCGCUGGCGUUGCGGAUUUGGAAUAUCAUUCAGGGACUGCGGACGUUACGAGAAUUCGGGAUGACAAGGGAAUUGGAGGUAUGGGGAUUGGUGGAUGGUGAGCUGGUGAACGGGGUGAUUGAUCAGCUUUCCUAUGAGUGUCCGGAUCCGGAGCUUGAGGUUUCUGCUGCGUCGUAUUAUGCGGAUGUUGAGGCUACGCGGGCGGCGCUGCCGGAGUAUCAGAUGUCGUUGACGGACUAUCUGCUGUCGUCUUCGCAGCGUGGGAAGCGGUUGGAUGAAUUAUCCUGGGAUCAGAAUGAGGAGGUGCAUUGGUCUGCGUCACCACUGCCCCCGCCCCCGGAGGCAUGUGAGAUACCCCGGGUGUAUAUGACGGAUAUCAAGACCAAGGGUAGUGGAUCGAUUCCUACUGUCAAGAGCACGUCUUUUCGACCGACGUCGCUGCAGCUGCAGCUGUAUUACCAUAUGCUUAACCGGCUGGUAACCAGCGACGAUGUGACUAUCGAGUCACUCGCGGCGCGCUACAACCUGAAUCCCAACCGUCCGUUCACCGACGCCUUCAUCGCGGAAGUCGGUGCUCUGAACGACCAGUUCUUCGACGCCAUGUCCUCGCAAGAAUUCGACCCUGAUUUCAUCCCUACCCCUGAAGACGCCCUGAAAAAGCCACCCUCAUCACCCUCCUCAUCUAUAAUCCCCCCAUCUGGUAGCCAAGACUCCACCACCGUCCUCAUCGAAAACAACAACCUCACCAACCUCUGGCGCUUAAUGAAAGACCACCUCCGCCUCACCUUCCUCCCAUCCCAAGAAACCGAAGUCCCCAUGGCCCCCUCCAUCCCCUCAGAAAUCCAACCCUCCAUCCUCGAAUCCUACCCAACAGUCAUCUCCCCACUGUUGACAGCACGCUACCUCUCCGCCUCCGAGUCUCGCUCCCUGGGCAGUCGAUCGUUCCUGUACGAUCCUGUUAGCAUGACCUCAUAUCUAUCGGAUCAGAUGAGUUGGUGGAAGGGGCAAAGGGAUCCGCGCGGCGUGGAGGUAAUGGAGGCGUGGAAGUGUCGGAUUUGUGAGUUUCGGGAUGAGUGUUCGUGGAGGCAGGAGAAGGCUUGGGCGUUGGCGAAUUGGAAUCGGGGGAGGAAGAGGGCUGCUGCUUAG